AUGCCACGCAAAAAAGACAUCGCAGUGAUGGACGAAGUUGGAAUCGAGGUGGAUGGAGACAUGAGUGACAGCGAUGACGGUGCCACUCCGAGGCGAGGGAACCGUAGAGGAGGUGGAGGACGAGGAGGCGCAAAGGGACGAGGUCGAGGUAAAAAACCAGCCAGCGACGAUGAAGACGGUGAGGACGAGGAGGACGAGGAGGACGAAGCACCACGAGGACGAAGGGGAGGAAACAGGAAGAGAGCCACGAAGAAACGAGGAGGCAGCGACGAGGAUGAGGAGGAGGACGAAGCUCCCAAGAGGAAACGAGGAGCAGCCAAGAAGAAGAAAGGAAAAGGCCAGGACAGCGACGAAGAGGAGGAGGAGGAUAGCGACGCAGGGAGAGGAAGGAAAGGAAAGAAGGGAGGAAGGAAAGGGAAGAAGGACGACGAGGAGGAGGACGACGAAGACGACGGCAAAGGAAAGAAAGGAAAGGGCAAGGACAAAGGGAAAGACAAGGACGAGGACGACAAGAAGAAGAAGAAGAAGAAAGACGGCAGUUCAUCUGAUUCCAACUCGAACGAUGAUGAUGAGGAGGAGUCCAUGUCGGAAGGAGAGAUCGCCCGGCUGAGGGAGGAGGUGGAGGAGAAGAAGACGCUCAUCGCCAACAUCAGGAACAAACCGUGGAGGAUGAAACGCAGACUCACACACCUCAAGGAGGCUCAGGCGUUCGUGGAUAAGUUUGAAGGAGCUCUGGGUAAAGGAAAGGGGAAGUGGGCCAGGAAGUGGUACGCCUACAAAGUGAUGAUGACCAAGAAAUGGAUCAAGUUCCAGAGGGAUUUUGAGAACUUCCGGACGGCCUGUAUCCCCUGGGAGAGGAAGAUCAAAGAGGUGGAAAGUCACUUUGGUUCGUCUGUGGCCUCUUAUUUCAUCUUCCUGCGUUGGAUGUAUGGCAUGAACCUGGUCCUGUUUGGAUUCACCUUCGGACUUGUUGUUAUCCCUGAGGUUCUGAUGGGUCUUCCUUACGGGUCUAUUCCCAGAAAGACGGUCCCCCGGGCAGAGCAGGAAACAGCUCAGGACUACUCCGUCCUCAUGGACUUCAACGGUUACUGCAAAUAUUCCGUCCUUUUCUAUGGAUAUUACAACGACCAGAGGACCAUCGGUUUGCUGAAGUUCAGGUUGCCUCUUGCCUACCUCAUGGUCGGGAUCGGGACCUUCGGAUACAGCCUGAUGGUGGUGAUCCGAACAAUGGCAAAGAAUGCUGACGUCGGAGGUGGAGACGGAGAAGAAGGAGAGUUCACCUUUGCCUGGAAGAUGUUCACCAGCUGGGAUUAUCUGAUCGGUAACGCAGAGACGGCUGACAAUAAAUACGCAUCCAUCACCACCAGCUUCAAGGAGUCCAUCGUGGACGAGCAGGAGAAUCAGAAAGAUGAGAACAUCCAUCUGCGUAGGUUUCUCCGAGUCCUUGCUAACUUCAUGAUCAUCUGCAGCCUCGGCGGCAGCGGUUACCUCAUCUACUUCGUGGUGAAAAGGUCGCAGGAGUUCGCCACCCGGGACGACCUCAGCUGGUACGAGAAGAACGAGGUGGAGAUCAUCAUGUCUCUGCUGGGUCUAGUUUGUCCUCCUCUGUUCGAGACCAUCGCUGAGCUGGAGGACUACCAUCCUCGAAUCGCCCUCAAGUGGCAGCUCGGUCGAAUCUUCGCCCUGUUCCUGGGAAACCUCUACACCUUCCUGUUCGCGCUGUUCGAUGAAGUCAACACCAAGCUGGAGGAGGAGCAGGCCAUUAAGAACGCCUCCAUCUGGGCCAUGAAGGAGUACUACGCCAACUUCAGCCGACUGAUGAACGACAGCGAGGCCACGCCCCCUCCCAUGGACCCGUCCGAUGUGAUCCGGGGUCCCUGCUGGGAGACGGCGGUGGGCAUCGAGUUCGUGAAGCUGACUGUGUCCGACAUCCAGGUCACCUACCUCACCAUCCUGAUCGGAGACUUCGCCCGAGCCGUCAUCGUCCGCUUCCUCAACUACUGCUGGUGCUGGGACCUGGAGGCGGUCUACCCGUCGUAUGGAGAGUUUGACAUCAGCGGUAACGUCCUGGGUCUGGUCUUCAACCAGGGGAUGAUCUGGAUGGGGGCGUUCUACGCUCCGGGCCUGGUCCUCAUCAACGUGCUCCGCCUCCUCAGCUCCAUGUAUUACCAGUGCUGGGCCGUCAUGUGCACCAACGUCCCCCACGAGAGGGUCUUCAAGGCCUCCAAGUCCAACAACUUCUACAUGGGUCUGCUGCUGCUCAUCCUGUUCCUCAGCCUCUUACCGGUGGUCUACACCAUCAUGACGCUGCCGCCGUCCUUCGACUGCGGACCCUUCAGUGGGAAGGCCAAGAUGUUUGACGUGAUUAUGGAGACCAUCGACCUGGACCUGCCGGCCUUCAUGGGAACUCUGUUCAGCUACGCAGCCAACCCAGGCCUCAUCAUCCCAGCGGUCCUGCUCAUGGUACUGGCCAUCUACUAUCUGAACUCUGUGUCUGAAGCCUAUAAAAACUCCAACAAUGAGCUGAAGAAGAAGAUGCAGAUGGCUCGAGACGAGGAGAAGAACCGGCGGAACAACACAGACAGCACUAACCAGGUGAUGAAGGACCUGGAGGACCUGCUGCCCAACCGCUCCCUGGCCCCGCCCCCUGAGGAGCCCGAACCAGAACCAGAACCAGAGGUGAAGCCCACCAAGACCAAGCCCGGUAAAGGUGUGAAACUGGAGAUGGACGUGACCCUGGCUUCAGCCAAUCCCAACGCUCGAGGGCCCGGUGGUCGGCCGCCAGGACCGAGGGGGCCGGGACCAGGGGGUCCGGGUGGUCCGGGUGGUCCAGGAGCAGGACCGGGUCGAGGCCGGGGCAGACCCCCUCCCAGAUAA